AUGGCAAAGCGCAAGCGGAGCCCUCCGCGGCAGGUCGAGGUCAAGCGUGAGGGUGUGGUGGACCUGAGUCACAUCAAGCCAAAGCUGCGACUGAGAGCUGCGGAUGCUGAGACGGGACAAGGAGAGCUGACGUUUCAGUUCCAGAAGACCCCUGUCAGCCCCACAAGGACCAUAGCAGAUGCCGAAGCAUUGUUGGCCACCCUUGCAAAGGAGACAUGCCACGGAGAUGCGACCCACGAGAACUGGAUGCGCCAGCCCCAGCGCCGAUGGUGCCAGCAGAUGGUCGCCGAGCUGCCCAAAGAACGGCGGCGGCGGCUGCGGCAGCGCUUCUACGACCUGAAGGACUCGACAGUGGUAGAGGAAGACUUCGCAAAUCGGUGGGGUGACACUUCAGACUUUGCCUCAACCGCUCUCGAGUACUGGUUGGAGAACAAGUCGCUCGAGGAUGUCCUGGCAAGAGCGAAAGAGCUGGGCCAGCUGGAGGAGGAUCUCUUCUUCGGCUGUUUCCUCCGCGGCCCUGCGAUUGACUCCUUCGCCUGGGCUGAGGACUUGGAAUUAGAGACUCUGCGGGGCCUGAUCAAGAAGAUCGAAGGCCCGGAGUCGUAUGUCUUUCAUACCCAGCCGUGGAACUGCUUUGAGCAGGCCGGCGAGAAUAUUCCAGUGCCCGAUCUGCAGCUGGAGGAUGGGCAGGGGUCCUUGAACACAAGGUGGGACUACGACGUGAAGGGGAAAGACAGGACGGACGUCGAAAUGUUAGACGACUAUCUUGUUCGUAUGCAAGCACUCGUGCAGAAUUCGGACUCGGUGAGGUUGAACAAGAUGCUGUACCUGAUUUGGAAGAUGCCGCACUACGUGACUUCCUACCAUCAGGACACGCAUGUCCCGCCGCACUUCACUGUCUACAAUCAGGUCUCCGGCGUAAGCGUUUUCCACUUCCUGCCGCCACUGGUUGGCUGCUACGUCACACAUGUGGGACGCCGGGACGUCAAAGCGCUCAAAGAGGUGCUAGAGAGACUGGAUGCAAUGCAGCUGGGAUCCGUGGCGGUGCUGGGUCCUGGACAGGUGGCCUUGAUCAGUCCGUUUGGGGCCCACGGCGUGUGGGUGCCCUCACAGGCCUACAACGAACAGCUGCCAAGCUUCACUGUGUCGGCCAUCCGCGCAGCAGAGCUGUAUAUGCACAAGCAGUUGAAGACUGUGAACUGCGAGCUGCGCCUUCCGACGUGGAACCACGCCUGGCCGGAGAACGAGCAGGACGAGGAAGACAUGGCCGCUUACCGCCAGGCACAACGUAUCCUGUGCCAGCAGCACAACCUCACGCAGAAGGACUGGAUCUGGCUGACCCAAAAGCAUCUCAAAGAGUUGCAGCAAUCACAGCGGCCCCGAUGGCUAAACUGA